GAAAGGACCGAAGGAGUAUUACUUUCUUUCUUCCCAAAAAAGUACCCAUCUUAUAAUGCCUAAUGCGAUCUCUUUCUUCCUCUCUCUCUCCUCAGAGGUUCAUUCCUGACAAUGUCAAUGGAGUUCAUCUGCCCUAAUUCCUCUGUAUUGGAGCAACAACAACAUAUGUUUUCACAAUCACAAUGCUUUGUGGAUUUAUAUCCUUUCCACCUUUAUUUGCUUAUUCAAACAUCAAUGAACAAUAUGCCUAUUUUCACUUGUCCAGUUGUCCUUAACAGUUCCUUACAGUUUUUGGCUGUGGAACCAAUGUCGUUACUCUCCUUUUCAUCGCCGGAAUUAUCUUUUUCAUUUUGCGUAGAGGAACAAUCAUGACGCAUUCGCACUCGUCACAUAGAUUUAUUCUACUUUUGCCUCUUCUUGGAGCAUGUAUGUCCUUGUUUGACAUGCUUUGGGACAACUAUAAUGAUGACGGACCUGGAUUUCUGUACUAUGACUUCAUCUACAGAUCUUCUCAAUUCUCUGUUUGGAUCACUAUUCUUCUGCUAUCUAGGUGUCAUUUCUGGUACACUCUAUCUUCCAGUCGUGUCCUCUGUUUUUGGUGGAUUGUAAAACCACUUUUCCAACUGCCUCAUGUCCAGAUAGUUCUGUCGUCGUAUCAGGUGUGGUGGUCUCUUAAAGAGUGCUUACCUUUUCUACUAGACAUGGCAUUUGGAAUAUAUCUGAACAUUGCCAGAUUAAGGCAAAUUUCCUUUAACAGCAGGCUGGAUAAUCACCUGGACGACCCUUUACUGGCGCAUGAUCUUGAGGAAGGCCACACAAGGAAUUCUGGAACAGUAGAAUCGAUUUGGAAUCUCAUGACGUUCAGCAGUAUUAAGUCAAUAAUGGAUAAAGGUGUCACGAAACAGCUUGACUUUGAAGAACUGCUUAAUUUGCCGUUGGAUAUGGAUCCUUCUUCCUGCCAUAGUUUGUUGUUGAUAUGUUGGCAAGCUCAGCAGAUAGAUAAUUGCUCCAAUCCCUCAUUCUUUAAGGCAAUUUGUUCUGCAUAUGGGUGGCCAUAUUUACGCCUUGGUCUUUUAAAGGUAUUCAAUGAUUGUAUUGGGUUUGUGGGACCGUUGCUUCUGAAUCAGUUGAUUCAGUAUCUUCAAGAAGGUUCUGGAGGAAUGGACGGCUUUCUUUUUGCGGUGUCUCUGGGCUUAACAUCUGUUUUAAAGUCAGUUCUUGAUACACAGUAUACAUAUCACCUCUCCGUUUUGAAGUUAAAGCUUCGAGCUGGCAUAAUGACCAUUAUUUAUCAGAAGUGCCUCUCCAUCAGUCUUGCAGAAAGAGCAAAAUUCUCUGAAGGUGAAAUUCAGACAUUUAUGUCCGUGGAUGCUGAUCGAACUGUGAACUUGUGUAACAGUUUGCAUGACUUUUGGAGCUUGCCUUUACAAAUAGGGAUUGCACUUUAUCUUCUGUAUACUCAAGUUAAGUUUGCUUUUGUGUCUGGCAUCACAAUUACGGUUUUGCUAAUACCAGUUAAUAAAUGGAUUGCCAAAUUGAUUGCCAGUGCCACUGAAAAGAUGAUGAAGCAGAAAGAUGAGAGGAUUAGGAGGACAGGCGAACUUUUGACUUCUAUUCGCACUUUAAAAAUGUAUUGCUGGGAGAUUCUUUUUACCGACUUGGUGAUGGAGACUAGACGUUCUGAAGUUGCCCACUUAUCUACUCGAAAGUAUCUCGAUGCUUGGUGUGUAUUUUUCUGGGCUUCAACUCCUACUCUUUUCUCAUUGUGUACGUUCGGACUCUUCACAUUAAUGGGGCAUCAGCUUGACGCUGCUACGGUCUUCACUUGCCUGGCUCUGUUCAAUACUUUGAUUUCUCCUCUGAAUUCAUUUCCCUGGGUGAUCAAUGGAUUAAUUGAUGCCAUUGUAUCCACAAGGCGUUUGAGCAGGUUCCUUGCUUGUCCUGAACAUAUUCUAAACCGGGGAAAGAGUACGCUUUUACACCCAUCCUCUUUGAGUGUCCAGAUUGAUGAAGCCUUGAAAGAUAAAGCUAUUACCUUCCAUGAUGCAUCCUUUUCAUGGUCAAAUAAAAGUAAUGGAAAAGGCAAUUUCUGGCUGGACAAUGUGAAUCUUAGCCUUCCAAAAGGCUGUUUUGUGGUGAUCAUUGGAGAGGUUGGCUCUGGCAAAUCAUCCCUCUUACACUCAGUGCUGGGGGAGAUGAAAGUCAUUGACGGAUGGGCUGUAUUAAAUGGUUCUACAGCAUACGUGCCUCAGGUGCCUUGGAUUCUUUCUGGUACUAUACGUGAGAACAUACUGUUAGGGAAGGAACAUAUUCCAGAAAGGUAUGCAGAUGUGCUCCGAGCUUGUGCUCUGGAUCUUGAUAUUUCACUACUGUCUGGAGGUGAUAUGACUUACGUGGGAGACAAAGGGACCAAUUUAUCUGGUGGACAGAGGGUCCGCAUUGCUUUAGCAAGGGCCAUCUAUCAUAUGUCAGAUAUAUUGUUGCUUGAUGACGUCCUAAGUGCAGUUGAUGCCCAUGUUGCUCGAUGUAUAUUAGAGAAUAUUCAUGGUCCUCUUCUGAACCAGCAAACACGUGUUCUCUGUACCCAUAAUAUUCAGGCCAUACUAUCUGCAGAUAUAGUGGUGGUUAUGAGUAAAGGCCGUGUAAAACUGGUAGGAAGUCCGACUGAUUUAACAUCAUAUUCCGAAUUCAGUGCACAUACAGCAUUGAGUCCAUCGCUCCCUGUUCAAAAUCAAAAAAACAGUGUAGAGUUUUCUUGUGAAGCCGAAGAUAGAUCGUGCCAGGGAAAUGAAUGCAUUCAGAUUUCUGAAGAAGCAGAGGAGAUCCUUGAGCUUGAGGAAAGGAAAGAGGGCAAAGUGGAGCUGUUCGUGUACAGGAAAUAUGCUGCCUUUUCUGGCUGUUUUCUUGCUUCCCUGAUCCUGUUCUGUGCUGUUAUGAUGCAAGCUUCGCGUAAUGGGAAUGAUCUAUGGUUAUCAUAUUGGGUUGAUACAACAAGGGAUGGUGACAGAAUGCCUUACUCAUUAACCUUUUAUCUGGCUAUACUGAGUGUUUUUUGCAUAUUGAACUCUGUAUUGACAUUGAUGAGAGCUUUCUCAUUUGCAUUUGGUGGACUGCGAGCAGCAGUGCGUGUUCACGAUUCGCUGCUUAAUAGGCUUGUCCACUCACCUGUGCUUUUCUUUGAUCGAACUCCACGUGGAAGGAUUAUCAAUAGGUUGUCUUCGGAUCUUUAUACCAUAGACGAUUCUCUUCCAUUCAUCCUCAACAUUCUCCUUGCUAACACUGUCGGGCUCUUGGGGGUUGCUAUCGUCUUGUCAUAUGUGCAGGUUAUCUUACUGCUUCUGCUAUUGCCUUUUUGGUAUAUUUACAAGAAGUUGCAGUUUUACUACAGAUCAACGUCACGUGAGCUGCGCAGGCUAGACAGUGUUUCUCGUUCCCCAAUAUAUGCAUCAUUCACAGAGACGCUGGAUGGAUCAUCUACCAUAAGGGCAUUAAAGUUAGAGGAACACUUCUUCUCAAAAUUCUUCAAUUAUGUAGCUAUGUAUCAGAAAACCUCAUAUACUGAGAUAACUGCUAGUUUGUGGCUUUCCCUGCGACUUCAGUUGUUGGCAGCAUUUCUCAUCUCAUUUAUAGCUCUAACAGCUAUAAUUGGUUCCGUUGGUGAUUUUCCCGUUAGUCUGGGCACUCCUGGACUGGUUGGGUUGGCACUAUCUUAUGCUGCUCCAAUUGUUUCCUUACUGGGAAGUUUCUUAUCUAGCUUCACUGAGACAGAGAAGGAAAUGGUUGCUGUUGAAAGAGUUCUCCAGUACAUGGACAUUCCUCAAGAGGAACCCUGUGGAUCUCUGGCCAUUCCUAGAGAUUGGCCUUAUCAAGGACAGGUUGAGUUUCAGAAUGUGGUUCUCAGAUAUAUGCCUUCUCUUCCCCCAGCAUUGUGCGACAUAUCUUUUACCAUUGCAGGAGGAACUCAGGUUGGAAUCAUUGGAAGAACUGGUGCUGGGAAAUCUAGCAUUUUUAAUGCCCUUUUCCGUCUAAGUCCGAUAUGUGGAGGGUGCAUAUUAGUUGAUGAUGUAGAUAUAAGUCUUGCUUCUGUUCGAGAUCAUCGCUCAAGAUUUGCUGUUGUGCCCCAAAAUCCUUUCUUAUUUCAAGGAUCUGUGAGGGAAAACCUUGAUCCUUUCGGGAUGAAUGAUGACCUAAAACUCUGGGAAGUUCUAGAGAAAUGUCGUAUCAAGGAAGAGAUAGAAGCAGCGGGAGGGCUGGAUAUUCAAAUCAAGGAAUCUGAAGCUUCAUUUUCUGUUGGCCAACGACAGCUUAUUUGCCUUGCACGAGCAUUUUUGAAGUCCUCCAAGGUGUUGUGCUUGGAUGAAUGCACAGCUAAUAUCGAUAUUCAGACAGCUUCAAUAAUUCAAAAUGUCAUAACUAGUGAAUGCCAAGGAAUGACUGUUAUCACUAUUGCUCAUCGGAUUUCAACUGUGCUAAGCAUGGACAAUAUCUUGGUUCUUGAGAAAGGAACUGUGGUUGAACAAGGAAAUCCAAAGAUUCUUCUUGAAGAUGAACUCUCAAAAUUUGCUGCUUUCGCAAGAGCUUCGUUAAUGUAAAGACAUUGGUGGUAGACCUAACUGCAACAAUUGUGGACUCUUCCUGAUUGUAUAUACCUGAUUGUUAAGCUAACUAGAAGCUGCUCACUAUCUGUGUUCAUUUACUUUAACCGUCUGCAGUAGGUACUAGGUAGUAGUUGAUAUUGUAUUCACGAUCCUCAGGUUAAAGAUAUACUUCCUCCGUUUCAUUUUAAAUGCAACAAAUGGGUAUUAUUUGUGAGAUAUAAAAUAUCAUUUGUUGCAUUUAAAACGAAACAGGGGAAGUAUAAAAGACAUGUUCACAGAAUUAUUUUUUUUUAUUAUCAAAAUAGGACCUUAUAUAUGGAGAUGCUUCAGAUUAUUGCUUAUUUUUACAAGGAGACAUUAGAUAUUGUACAUUUCAUUUAUCUU